CCUUUCUCUACCAGGUUGUAAUUUGACACAGUAGACUGCAGUUCUCUCUCGGCAAUGAUCUUGCUGAACAUCGGAAGCACUUGAUUUGAAGGAAAAUGAACUGAAGGAUGCUGUGCAAGAAAAGAAUCGCCUGAGCCUUCAGUAUGCAAGUGUGUCCCACAAAGCACUGCAAUAUGACCAGGUAAAAUCAGACUAUGACCAUCUUAGAGAAACCCUUCUCAGAGUGACCAAAGAACGAGAUUUGGCUGUAAAGGGAAAACAUCAGCUCCAAGCCAAGCUGGAGAACUUAGAGCAGGUCCUAAAGCAUAUGCGAGAGGCUGCUGAACGGCGGCAACAGCUGGAGUUGGAGCAUGAGCAAGCCUUGGCUGUUCUCAACGCCAAACAGCAGGAAAUUGAACUCCUGCAGAAGGCUCAGGUUGAAGCUAAGAAGGAGCAUGAAGGAGCAGUUCAGUUGCUAGAGGCCAAGGUCCGAGAGCUAGAGGAGAAAUGCCGGACUCAGAGCGAACAAUUUAACCUCUUGUCCAGAGAACUGGAGAAGUUUCGACAGCAAGCAGGAAAGAUUGACCUCCUGACCAGUAACUCGGUGGCAUCCUCAGAUAUCCCUGGUUCUCCCGGUAAAUCUCUAUCCCAGUUAAUGAAUGGAAUAGCCACUUCUAUAGGCAAAGGUCAUGAAAGUCCUUCUGGAAGUCGUUGUGUGAUUUCAGAGUUUAUACGACCCCUUCAAAUAUCUGGAGAUAAACCAGAACAAUUGUCUGUCAAACCUACAUUCCUGUCCAAGUCACGAUCUGGUACCCCAAGAUGCAGAUUUGAUUCAGACAUGGAUAAUGAUCAGAAUUCCAAUACCUCAAAGCAGAGAUAUUCUGGGAAAGUCCAUCUUUGCAUUGCCCGUUAUAGUUACAACCCUUUCGAUGGACCAAAUGAAAAUCCAGAAGCAGAGCUCCCUCUUACGGCAGGAAAGUACCUUUAUGUGUAUGGAGAUAUGGACGAAGACGGCUUCUAUGAAGGGGAACUUCUAGAUGGACAAAGAGGACUAGUCCCUUCAAAUUUUGUGGAUUUUGUUCAAGACAAUGAGACCCGGUUAUCAAGCACAUUAAGCAGUGAACAAGAUCAGAAUUUUAUCAACCAUUCGGGUCCCACUUUGGAAGGAGAUCUCUUGGAGAUAAGUCCACCAACUCACAUAGACUCUAGUGUAAUCAGCAAUGGCGCAGGGACUCUGGAUGUGAACAUUGAUGAAAUUGGAGAAGACAUUGUGCCUUAUCCUAGAAAAAUCACCCUUAUUAAACAACUAGCCAAAAGUGUCAUUGUGGGCUGGGAGCCACCGGUAGUGCCACCCGGAUGGGGAACCAUUAGCAGCUACAAUGUUCUGGUUGACAAAGAAGUACGGAUGAACAUAGCCUUGGGAAGCAGAACAAAAGCUCUUAUAGAAAAGCUUAACAUUUCUGCUUGUACAUACCGAAUAUCAAUUCAGAGCAUUACAAACAAGGGUAACUCAGAUGAACUGCAGUGCACUUUGUUAGUUGGGAAGGAUGUCAUAGUAGCCCCCUCUAAUCUUAAAGUGGACAAUAUAACCCAGAUUUCUGCUGAGCUGUCCUGGCUCCCUACAAAUAGUAAUUACAGUCAUGUGAUCUUUCUUAAUGAAGAAGAAUUUGACAUUGUCAAGGCUGCUAGCUACAAGUACCAUUUUUUUAAUUUGAAACCCAAUAUGGCCUACAAGGUGAAGGUCAUGGCAAAGCCCCAUCAGAUGCCCUGGCAGCUUCCCUUGGAACAACGAGAGAAAAAGGAAGCCUUUGUGGAAUUUUCUACGUUGCCAGCAGGUCCUCCAGCUCCACCUCAAGAGGUUACUGUACGGGCUGGGUCCAGUCCAGCAACCAUCCAGGUGUCCUGGAAACCACCAACGCUGACAGCAACAGGCACCUCCCAUGGUGCCAACGUCACGGGCUAUGGUGUCUACGCUAAAGGUCAGCGGGUGGCGGAGGUGAUCUUCCCAACAGCAGAGAACACGCUGGUGGAGCUCAUGAGACUAAGGAGUUUGGAAGCAAAGGAAGUCACUGUUCGAACACUCUCUGCACAAGGGGAAUCAGUGGACUCUUCUGUUGCUGCCAUUCCAUCUGACCUACUGGUGCCUCCAACCCCUCACCCCAGAACUGCUCCCAAAUCUAAGCCAUUAGCAAGUGCCGGAGCCCCAGAAACCAAAGAAGAACACUUAGGUCCACAUUUAAAAAUGGAUGAGUCAUGGGAGCAGACUCGUUCGGCAUCCCCUGUUCAUGGACACAUGCUUGAGCCACCUGCCCCUAAUUUUCACAGCCCACUUCAGGGGAGGAGGUCCCCAUCGCCUAACCGAAUACUCCCACAACCUCAAGGCACACCUGUCCCACAUACUGUCGCAAAAGCCAUGGCAAGAGAAGCAGCACAACGAGUUGCAGAGAGCAACAGGAUGGAGAGGAGGAGUGUUUUUAGUGAAAGGAGUAAUGCAGCGCAGUACGCUAACUCAGAUGAUGAGGAGGAUGGCUACGAUUCUCCUAAUGUCAAAAGAAGGGGGGCAUCCGUCGAUGAUUUCCUGAAAGGGUCAGAACUUGGAAAACAACCUCACUAUUGCCAUGGUGAAGAGUACCAUACAGAGAGCAGCAGAGGUUCUGACUUGUCUGACAUUAUGGAAGAAGAUGAGGAAGAGCUGUACUCUGAAAUGCAGCUGGAGGAUGGAGGAAGGCGACGAGUCAGUGUGACUUCACACAAUGCGCUUAAGGAGUGCGCUAAGACCACUGAAGCCACUUUUUUGGAACAGCCUGACUUUUCACAGCAGAUACAUCACAGUAAAAAGCUUUUCAGUAUUCCAGAAGUAGCUGAAGAGGAUGGUGAAUACCCUGAACUGCUGUACAAGCAGGGUUUAGGUAUGCCCUAUAAAAAGAAUCCCACAGUAGCUAGAGACUCUAGACCACCUAGGCCCUACAAUCAAGACCAGCAGCACAACUCCUGGUACCCAGCCAAGCACAGAAUUUCAGGCAUGGAAGAUUUUGCUGCAGACGACAAAGGAUGUAAAUAUAGCCGAUCCUUAUCGAGAAGCCCAGACAGUGGACUAGACUGUGGAAGUGAAGAAGAAGAAUCUCGUUUUAAUUUCAGAUACACUUGCGAUUCAGUUUCUGCCAACGUUGCAUCUAGCUGUUGUGCAGAGAGUGCUAACUGUUCCUGCAGGAAAAGCAUGAGGCCAUUGCUUGCUCGCAGGAAAACUUUAACCAGACAAACCAGCAUCGAAGAAGAUUUCGGUGACCUGGGUCCUUCCUUUGUGGAGCCCAGGAGUGAACAGGCGAAGCCCAGUUAUGAGAAAAAGUAUGAGACUCAGAAAUGUAAUAGAACAGAUAAUUUCUCUAAUGAAGAUGUUCAGGGAGGCUGGAAGACCGACUUAAAAAUGGCUGACUCUAGGGCAGCUGGUCUACUUGCAAGGCCAUCCCACAGAGAUGCAGAAGACUCUCUGCUUUUAGGUAAUCCAUCAUCUGCAGGACGGCCUGAAAGGGCGGAGCAUGCAGGGCGAAGGUCCUCUCAUGGCAGUGCAGUGCCACAAAGGUCUCGACCAAUGUUGGUCCCUUCCAUUGAUGGCUAUGGUGGUCACGACCAUCUUUCUCCAGAUAUUUAUGAAGAAUCAGAAACAGAUCCUGGCACGGAGGAUAUUUCUACUCGAAUAUUUGUUGCACUCUUUGACUACGACCCGCUGACGAUGUCCCCAAAUCCUGACGCUGCAGAAGAAGAGCUGCCGUUUAAAGAAGGACAGAUCAUCAAGGUUUAUGGGGACAAAGAUGCUGAUGGAUUCUAUCGUGGAGAAACCUGUACAAGAAUUGGCCUUAUCCCAUGUAAUAUGGUCUCUGAGAUCCAAGCAGACGAUGAGGAGAUGAUGGAUCAGCUUCUAAAACAAGGCUUUCUUCCUCUGAACACUCCAGUUGAGAAAAUCGAAAGGAACAGACGGAGCGGCAGACAGCACUCGGUGUCUACGCGGAGGAUGGUGGCGCUGUACGAUUAUGAUCCAAGAGAAAGUUCUCCCAACGUGGAUGUAGAGGCUGAGCUCACCUUCUGCACAGGGGACAUUAUCACCGUCUUCGGUGAAAUCGAUGAAGAUGGAUUUUACUAUGGUGAACUUAACGGACAAAAGGGGCUGGUUCCUUCCAACUUCCUUGAAGAAGUGCCUGACGAUGUUGAAGUCUACGUAUCCGACGCACCCUCGCGCUAUGCUCACGAUACGCCGACGCGUACAAAAGCAAAAAGGAAGAAGAGUGUUCAUUUCACACCUUAAUAAGGCAAUGUAGCCUUCACGUAAGUGAGCAACUGAAGAUACCAAUAGAGGUUUCAGUUAAAGCUACCUGGCUAUCUAAUGCAAGUCUUGAAACUUAAUUGUGGGGGAAAAAAAAAA